AUGCAAUCGAGAUGGUCGUUCGGAUCGACGCUCAGCUUCCACAGUGUCUGCUCAUGCCUGCACGAUACUGGAUCACGCACCGCUCCAACGCAUCGCGAUGCAUGUUGCGCUUUCGGCACGCCUCGUUCUUCCGUCCAACGCUACGUUCAGGAACAAGUCGCCAAUCACUUGCAGUCCAAGCAGCCGCAUCCCGAGCCAGACAAGGUGGAUCUGGUUUCGCUCAAAUCGGCCAGAUGGCCGGCAGACCCAAUGUGUGCUUCGUCCAGUAGUGUCUCGUGCAGCGUGGAUGUACAUCGCGCUUCACAGUCGCGUUCUGGCACAGGAGCAUGUUUGGCACUCUGGCAACAGCGUGCUACGCCCCAUACGGAUGAUGCAUCUCCGAUGACGCUCAGAGAGCCAGCGGGGGAAAGAGAUGGUGGUUCAACGUCGGAAUCGGGCUCUGUUGCAACGACGUUUUGCAACGACCCGUCGAAUUCGACACGGACAAGCACGGCACCAAGUACACGACGACGCGCUGCAUGUAUGCAUGUAGACAAGCAACGUGCACAUUCCACUGAUACCGCUGAGCCACUUGGCGGAUCAGUGCACACGUCGAGCGCUUGCAAGCGCACCGAUUGGGGAGCCAACUUCUGGUGUGUGGUCACCGACCCGUAUUCACCGCUCAACACGUUUUUCGCGAACCCGCAGACGGGCGAGUGCACAUGGACGUUGCCCGCAGGAACCAUUGUUGUCGCACCCAACAAGGACGGCGAAUGGUGGGAAUUGAUAGAUGACGAAUCGGGACACGAGUACUACUACCAUACUCGCACCGAGCAGAGCCGGUGGACGAGACCCGCCAAGAGCCAAGGAAUCGUGAUUCCCAUGGCUAAGAUCCAAAAGUCGGCACAUACCAGUGAGCCCAACAGCCAAGCUAAGCCGUCGAAGGACGACGUCUUAGAACCCCGCUUUGUCCAAGACCAACACAUGUUUGUUCUGCAAGAACAACAAGACCACGCCAAACCCAUCACGACGCCACUUCGACCAAGGACCAAGUCGUUGCCCAAGUCUGUGCACUGCUUGCAGAAGCGAGAAGCGGGGUGCGCGCUGACCCAACGCGUGCCACAACGCCAAGGACGAGUCGAACACGAAUCACAGCUGAAUCGGCUAGAGGACACGCAAGCCGAGCAGGCCGAGCACGCCAAGCAGGCAGAGGAGCUUGUUCGAAAAGCGAGCUAUCGCAUUCUGCUACGCGAUCAGAAGAUGUUGGAGAAUGCACGACAGAUGUCAAGGGCUCUGUUCGGGCGUGGGGGAUGCGAGAUAUCGAGUGCGACGAGUCGAGAUGCGCGGCACGAGCAACGACGCGCGAGUGAGACCGCGGAUUCAAGCCGACGCGCGUUGUCGAGCCGACUCGACCGUCUGCGAGACGCGAUCGACGAUGCGGACGCUGUCGCUCCGGCGUGCGCGCGCGAUCGCGAUCGCAGUGACACCAGCGUGAUCAGCGGAGCUCCAGCAGGUGAAGCAGCCAUCUCGAGUGGAACCAUCCAAAAGCUCGGUAAAGGUCUUGCGUUCAAGCUCAACACCUCCUGCUCGUCGCCAGGCUCGACUGUGCGCUCUCAUAUCGCACCAUCCGUUCGAUUCAUCUCUGCACAUCCCAAUCCGCGGCACCCUCCACCGUUGCAUUUUACUCCAACACAGCUCACUACCGCUCUUCUCGACACACCACUCUUGUCCAACCAUGCACCUGUGCACCAUGAACACUCGCUCACACGCGUCCUCAGCCCCACACCCACCGCGUUGCCCAACCAGCGCGCAAACACUCGCCCAAAUCUCCGAGCCAAACUAGCCUACAUAUUUGCAUGCUUUGCGCCGUACCGACCGUCAAAGUGCCAAGCCAUCUAG